AUGGAUAGUGGGCAACAUCUCCGAGGAAUUUUGGUUAGUGAGCCUUUACCAGGAACUUUUGAAUUGAUCAUCAAAACUAUUGAGCUAUGGAACACAUCAAAAAGUUAUCUGGCUCAUAUUGAGAAAAAAGAAAAAGAGAAAGCAAAAGAUUUGGCAGCUUGGGAAGAAGGGACUCGGAUUUGGCUUGCAUAUGAAGAGAAGAUGAGAAUUAAAGACACUUUGGCUGAAGAAAAGAAAAAAAAGGCUGCAUUACGAGUUCAAAAGCGUUUGGAAACUGAGGCUCGUAGACUUCGGGAAGAACAAGAGGAGAGGACUAAAUUACAGCUUCGAUUACACGGAGAAGCUUCAUUGUAA